CGCGGCAGCAUCAUCCAAACGCUCUGCUUGCCUCGCCUUGCCUUGCCUUGCCUCGCCCUUCCGCCUUCUCUUCUUUCUCGUCCUUUUUUUCUUCUUUCUAAUCCAUCCUUCUUCUCGAACUAACACCCGCCCUCGGGCAUUCUUCCCAGACAGGAACCAGUCCAUCCCACCCAUACCACAAUCCCACCCUCCAUGUGUACAUGACGACAACCACAGCUACCCUCGAGUCCCUACCCCUUUAGGCCCACGGGCUACGCCAACACCGUUUUCUUCCUGUCCCGCCAACCCCCCAGGAAGAUAUGGCUUCUCAACCCUCCGCUUCUGGGCGCUCGCGGCCCCAAUCCGACGCCAUGAGCCAGUGGACUGUCGGUUCCAAGAUCGGGAAGGGCAGCUUCGCUUCUGUCUACGUUGGUACCCACAAGAGCUCCGGCGCAGCUGUCGCUAUCAAAUCCGUCGAACUUGGGAAGCUCAAAGGCAAGGUGAAGGAUAACCUCUAUUCCGAGAUUAAGAUUCUUGAGAAACUGCGUCAUCCUCAUAUUGUCGCCCUCCACGAAUGCGUAGAGACGCCGACCCACAUCAACCUGAUGAUGGAAUACUGCCUUCUCGGCGAUCUUUCGCUCUUCAUCAAGAAAAGAGAUAUGCUUUCGACGAACCCAGCUACACACGAUAUGGCACGGAAAUACCCGAACACACCUAACGCUGGCCUGAACGAGGUUAUUAUUCGUCAUUUCCUCAAGCAGCUGGCGAGUGCGCUCCAAUUCCUGCGGAAGCUGGACCUGGUGCAUAGGGACGUGAAGCCCCAGAAUCUGCUCCUGCUCCCCUCCGUCGAUUUCCGAGAGAGCAACAGGGAGGUGCCACAAAUUCUCAGUGCGAGCCAGAACAGCCUCAUUCCCGCAGUCGGGCUGCGCUCUCUGCCCAUGCUGAAGCUCGCCGAUUUCGGGUUCGCCCGCGUUCUACCUUCCACGUCUCUUGCCGAAACGCUUUGUGGUUCACCGCUCUACAUGGCUCCUGAGAUCCUGCGCUACGAACGCUACGAUGCCACUGCAGAUCUCUGGUCCGUUGGGACGGUUCUGUACGAGAUGGCGGCGGGCCGGCCACCCUUCCGUGCAAGCAACCACGUCGAGCUAUUACGCAAGAUAGAGGCUUCAAAUGACUCGAUCAAAUUCCCAAGGGAAAGUAAUCUUUCAUCCGAUAUGAAGCUUCUAAUCCGCGCUCUCCUCAAGAAAAGUCCUUCCGAGCGCAUCACCUUCGACAACUUCUUCUCACAUCCAGUUGUCGUAAACCAAAUACCUGGGCUCGUCGAGGAUGACGUUCCAAAGCCAGUCGAGCAGAAAAGACCACAGGAAUCCCGAUCUGCCUCCAGGUCCGAUGAGCCCGUCGCGCCUCCGCGACGGCUCUCAAUACGGCGGUAUGGUGCAGAACAAGACCAAGGGAGAGCCGAAGCCGUCUCCUCUCCCGUCGAGAGGCCCUACAGGCGUUCGCCACUUGGCACACCCACUGAAACUGAUGACAAAUUCGGUCCUGCCUCUCCUCGACUCAGCUACUCGCCGCGACAGGAGAGCGGGGAGGGUCUCGGCAUACGGCGACCACAGCCCGUGCCGUCCUCUUCCGCCCCGACAAGGCCGGCCGUCUACGAAGCGCGUCGCCGCGCCCUAUCUAACGCAUCGGCCACAAAGCUCGCUCGAGAUGCACCGCCAGGAGGAGCUGCGAGAGAACUUCCCCGAAGUCGAGGAAAAGGCCCCUCCGACGAACAGGAGAAGGCUCGGCAGGAAAUUGCAUUUGAGCGUGAUUAUGUGCUCGUGGACAAGAAUCAAGUCGCAGUGAAUGCCCUAGCCGAUGAGCUGGCUGCGAAUGGACGUAUGGUGCAUGCACAGGGAUCCUCGCCCAAAGCAGGACAGAUGGUGCGGCGUACGACGACGCAGGGUGCCCCAGACUCCACGACUGGCGCUGUGGCACCGUCGCCAUCUCGAGCAAUGCAAAUCGCGCAGGGAAGGCAGCGCCCAAAUGCCCAUGAGCGUCAAUCUUCUCUGAGUGCGAGCCCCGGCUCCACUACGUCUUUCAUCUCCAAGGCCAUCCAAGACGCCAGCCUGCGACUUCUGGGCAUCAAAUACCCACCAGGACUUGGAAAAGGCGCCUCCCCUCCUCAGCUAUACAGUGCAUUCCCCGCCUAUCCGACCCCGUCAGCUCCCGUGGGCUUGAUUGGCGAUGGCAAGCAAAGCACGCCGUAUGACGAGGACUCCAGAGUAGCCCAGUGCAUCGAGGACUACGCCACACGAAGUGAUGUUGUGUAUGGCUUUGCCGAGGUGAAAUACAAGCAGCUUGUGCCUCUGACACCGUCGACUAAUCAUGGACUUGGUGGCUUGCCGGCCGACCAGGCCUCUGCUGACGAUGACGAGGGGCUUACUGUUGAUGCUGUAGUGGCACUUUCGGAGGAAGCCCUAGUGCUUUACGUCAAGGCUCUAUCUCUUCUUGCCAAGUCCAUGGAUAUCGCCAGCCUGUGGUGGUCGAGGAGAACGCGAGCGGAAUCAUCGACUGGGCAAGCAUCCGCGCGAGAGCCAACCAGUAUUCAAGUCGUCAUUACCAGGAUUAAUUCGGCUGUGCAGUGGGUGCGGUCGCGGUUCAACGAAGUCCUGGAAAAGGCCGAGAUCGUGCGAUUGAAACUCAUCGACGCGCAGAAAUCAUUGCCGGAGGACCAUCCUGCUCACCCUAGUAAUCAAUCAGUGGAUCCCGCAUCAACGAGUGGAUCGACAGUCGACGGGGUGGCUAUCACACCUGGUGUAAGCGCCGAAAAACUCAUGUACGACCGUGCCGUCGAGAUGAGCCGCAAAGCAGCGAUCGACGAGAUCUCAAAUGAAGACCUUGCUGGUUGCGAGAUCUCCUAUGUCACAGCAGUACGUAUGCUAGAGGCCGUCAUAGAUAACGAUGAAGACCUGCCUAAGAGGCGGGUCUUCGGAGCUACCAAGGAGGAGCAUGCGUCUUCAAAGGAGGAGCCUUCCUCGGACAUCAACACGGACGACCAGCAAGCCGUGCAAAAAUUGAUCACCAUGAUCACAGGCCGACUCAGUUCUGUGCGGAAGAAGAUGCGGAUGAUUGCGAGUGCUACAAAGCUUCAGCAGCAGCAGCAAGAUGUCGUCCGACGACGCAGUGGUGAUGUGACACCUAGAAGCGUCCCUUCUCACACCUCAUAAGAGAGACAGCUACAGGACCCACGACUGACGAAAAUGCAUUAACACAAACCUUGAGAGAUUCUCUUCCUGCUUUGUCGCCGCCCAGCCGCAUUGCUCUUUGGUCCCGGAGUUCGAUGGCGGAACACGCGACUAGCCUGAUUAUAUGGCCUACUUUCUUUCGAAAUUGCCUCUCGGAUUGGAACCACGCUAUCCCGCGCUUCGACUUUAUGUUUGAUUGUAAUUUUCUUGUCUUGUUCUUUUGGACGGAGUUUUCCACUUCUCAGUGUCAGCACAUUGUACUUCCGGAGUCCUCGGCGUGGGUUGGAUUAGGUCGGGCAUCUGAACUUUUCAAGCAGUAGAGAGGCUUCUUCCGGUUAUUCUUUCCUGGUCACAAGACCACAUUUUCCGUUACAUGGUUAUUGUCGAGAUUGGAACAGGGGCACAGGAUUGCGUUGCAAGGAAAUCCUCGGUGGGAUAUGGUUGGACAAGGGAAUCAGGGGCAUACGGAACCGUGUGAUUCACUGUCGGACCGCAGAUCAGAGAUUGAGAUCUAUCGGGUGCCAGCCUGAUAACGCGCCUGAAGGAUUUGGCCUUGAUCCAUCUUUGAGGCAGGGUGACCCGAGGUGUGUGUUGAAGUAGACUGUCUCCUAUUGGGUUAUCACAUUUGGCUGGCGCGGUGUAAGGGAUUCUGGACGCCGCUCCUGGACAGCAGUUUUGUCACCCAAGCGAUUGGGUUAGGUAUGAAGCUCGGCAUAUGAGCAUCAAUUAUGUUGUCGCUGAGACGAUCAUCA